CACCUCAUUGCUUCCGCCUCGGCCUCCUCAGCCCCACCCCUCAUAACCACUCCCCUAGGUUUCGAGGCGCCGCCCCCCCAUAUUUCAGCCGGGGCAUUCGCCUCCUCAGCGGUCUCUUCUUUCUUCGGCUUUCGGGCCUCUUUCCCUAGGUUUGGUGAGGGAGGGAGAAGGGAAGGCCGGGCGAAGGGAAGGCCAGGCGUGUUCGGCCCAGUCCCUUCGCCCGCCGCCAUGGAGGGAGAGGGAUCCGUUUCUCGUGGCUAUCAGCCGGCCAGCCCGCCCCGAGAGGCCUGUACCUACAGCAGCUGCUACUGGUAAGGUGCCCGAGGCCCAGCCCCGGCUCCGCCCCAGGUCCGGCCUGGGCCUAAGGAAGACGCCUUCUUGGGGCCCUGCCUAGCCCUGGCGCCGCCCCUGGACCCGGCACCCCACCCCGCUUCAGGCUUCUCUCCAGGCGGCCCGAUCUGGCUUUGGGGUAGUCUUGAGGAAGUUCUAGGCUCUAGAGCGCAAAGUUCAUCCUGGCCAACCCUGCCCCCUCCCUUCCUCCCGUGUUACAGUGAAGAAAAUAUCUGGAAGCUUUGUGAAUACAUAAAAAACCACGAUCAAUAUCCUUUAGAAGAAUGUUAUGCAGUCUUCAUAUCUAAUGAGAAAAAAAUGAUCCCAAUUUGGAAGCAGCAGGCCAGACCUGGAGAUGGACCUAUCAUUUGGGAUUACCAUGUUGUUUUGCUUCAUGUUUCAAGUGGAGGACAGAGUUUUAUUUAUGAUCUUGAUACUGUGUUGCCAUUUCCAUGCCCCUUUGACACUUAUGUAGAAGAUGCCUUUAAAUCUGAUGAUGAUAUUCAUCCACAAUUUAGAAGAAAAUUUAGAGUGAUUCGAGCAGACUUGUAUUUGAAGAACUUUGCAUCUGAUCGAUCUCACAUGAAAGAUUCUAGUGGAAAUUGGAGAGAGCCUCCUCCUCCCUAUCCUUGCAUUCAAACUGGAGCUUCAAAAAUGAACCUGGAUGAUUUUAUCAGUAUGAAUCCUGAGGUUGGAUGGGGAGCUAUAUACACAUUACCUGAUUUUGUACAUCGAUUUGGCAGUAAAAACUGAUUUCAGCAUAUGGCCAUGGAAAAUGGAAUAAUUCUGGGGAACAUAUUUGCUUUUCUUUUUGCAUGAUGUGAAUACCAACACAAUCCAGGUUUGUAAAUAGUUUACAUGCAUUUGGCAAAGAAUUAGGUUUUUCUAUUUUACUUAAUGAAAUUGAAAUUUGAGUGCAUAUAUGUAAAGAACUGAAUAAAAGUAUUUUUGUAAAGA